GUGUGUGUUUCUCUUCUCUGUGCCCCGUCAAAAUAUUGCGCAGUCCAAAUUCUAGUAAAACGAGCAAACGUUUCAGACGUAAUGUGAUGCGCAGCACUGCAAUAGUUGACUGCAAGCGACCUUGUUGCAAGCGUUGGGAACGUUACUGUGGUGUUAUAGUGCGCUGCAUGUCGGUUUCACUGAUUCGCACUUCAAUUUAAACAGCUGUUCUAUCGACCCACUUGGAUACCAAGGACAUCGCAAAGGUCCACUUCAAUGUUAAACGGUUGUGAGCAGCUCAAGAAGCAAGCGUACAACGGAUAGGUGUAAUGGUGUAUAUCGGGAAUGGUGUUGAUAUGGCAACAUGUAUCCUCAACAAUGGUCAGCGAGAGAGAGAGUAGAAAGAAGUAUUUUGUAUGUUUUCAGUAGCCUAGAAGACGGAGGUUAAAGAAACAUAACGCGAGUUGGAACCAAUCGAUAACGCACUUACGCUAGCAGUGUUUGUAGCUCCCGGAAGAAUUUACGUUUGUUUAUGAAAGAAAAAAAAACAGCGUAAUGAAAAAACGAAGAAGAAAUUUACAUAUGCGAAAAAAAAAUGAAACGUAUUUUUGUACGUUUGCGUCUUUUGUUGCCGUUGUUCAUCUUUUGCGACCGGCGUGAACUAAGUUUAGCGAGCCAAUUAGAGGGACGAGUUAGUUCAUGUUAUAUUUCUUCAUGCACGCUGAAUCGAAGUGCAGAAGACGAAUGAACAGGGACAGGAACGCAGGUGCAGGAUAAUGCGCGGCUAGCAGUUGUCUAGUUUUUGAUGUGUCGUCAUAUUUAUACCGUUUUGAAUAUUAGAAAGGACAGAAAUGCCAAAACGACACGCCGCUAUGUACCACAUCAUUCCUGUUCGCACACGCAAUCAAAUUAACUUGCACAGGUGAUAAACUGAGCGAUGGUGCACUGACACAAGGUUCUACAACUAGUGAAAGCGUUUCCAGCUCUCUCCAGCUCCCUUUCUUCAUUUAUACCUGUAUCAAUAAAUAUGACAACGCAUGCUAAAAUAGGCAUCAAUGCAUUUUGUUCUGUGCCUGCGUAUCUGUCACUGUUUUUCGUGCUCUGCUUUUCGCCUCAGCAUGAUUUAAGAAUGAAGCAUAUUUUUUUUAAUUCUCCCAGCGUUCAUUAAGCAGCUUUCAUGUAAAACACCUUGAACAUCAACAGUUUCUGAUUAGCUGGUUGCAGCGUACUUCUCUUCACUAAGGUACAGAAAACUGCUUAAACAAGCUUUUGCAAAACAAGAAUAUUAUCGAAUUCGGAAUUCCAGCAUCUGCACUUUCCCUAGAAUUCUCAAUGGUGUAUUAAGUUGAAUUUACAAAAUCGCGAUGGCGCGUUCAGCAGUUAAAUUUUAACUAUCGCGGGGGUAGUCUAACGCAGUCCCCUCUCUGCCAACUUUAUAAUGCAUCUGUGACGGUUGAUCAUUUUUUUUUGUUCGGUCGCCGAUUCUCGCUACAAAUAAAAAUACUUCUCGAGGCUCCGUUCCGCCAACUUGGACUUUGAGUGACCUCUCCAAUUAUCCUAUCGAUCCGGGCCUCGGCUAUAGGCUUUAACCACCGGAGCGUGUCCCUUGCAAUGAGCGAUUUCAUUUGCGACACAAAGAGAUCGCUUGUACUAAUUUGAUAUUAUCCUUCUUCUUGUUUCUCGAAAAUUUUAAUGUGAAUACCGAGUUUUAUUUCUUACAUCUUCGAGCAAUGCCGCGCGAUUUCUCUUCUGUUUCUUUUCUUUGACUUUUUAUUUAUUCAUUUUAUCUUAUUUUAAAAGUACUGCCCACUUUGCAGAAGAUACCUUGUUGGGGGUAUGUGCGCUUUCGGCACAGUACAAACACCUAGCAGCAAGCAUCAUCGUCAUUAACAGUUAGGGUUAGCAGGCACAUUAACAUCGUUAACACAAAGGCCAUGGCUGGCGGGGCGGAGGAGCAGCAGAGAGAACAGCGCUGGCGUGCGCUGAGUGACCAGCUGCUAUCGGAGCCAGAGCUGGCGUUCCAGGAGCAACGCGCCCACGACCUAAUUUGUGCGGAGCUCACAUGCGAAGGAUUCGCCGUACAGCGCAACUACAUUUUCAGCACUGGCUUCCGCGCAGAGUACCAGCUGCCGCCUGAACCAGCGCCAGUAGAGGGCAUCGCUAUUGGACUUGUCUGCGAAUACGACGCUCUGCCUGGACUGGGCCACGCCUGCGGUCACAACCUUGUGGCUGCUGGCACGCUAGCAGCGGCGUCGGCCAUUCGCCGGCGCAUGGAGGAGGAACAGGUGAGUGGUCGACUUGUGGUGCUCGGCGUACCAGGCUCCGAGGCUCCGCGACCAUGCUGCAAAUCGCAGCUGCUAGACCAGGGCGUGCUGUCGGGCCUGACCGCGCUCCUAGCCCUGCACCCCACCUCAGCUCGCGAUCUCAGCUGCUGCCCCGGCAUCGACCAAGAAAGUGCCGGGCAGUGGCUAGACGUGCGGUUUCGGGGUGCCGCCGCGCUGGACGCUGCCGUGCUCUCGUACUGGGUCCUCGCGAGCCGCUGCCGCGGCAUCGUCAGCCAAGGGGGACGCAAUCCGUGCGAACCUACUACGCGCUCCGAAUCGCAAUACGUGCUCCUCGCCUCCGACGACGCGCAACUGUGCGAGCGGAGGCAAACGGCCGAAGACGCUCUGCUGGGAGUGGCCAAGGCGACCGGCUGCUUUCUCGAGUGCCGCUUCGGCAAGCCCAGGCCCCGACCUGUUUUCAGCCGUCCCCUGGAACAACUGUACAGUGCGGAGGUGCAGAAGACAGGAGCGUCGCGCGACGCGUCCGCAGCGAAGGCCAAGAGCUCGCCCCGAGACACGCGCCGGCUGCCGCCGGCUACCUCGGCACGACUUCAAGAUCAUUCUGCGCCCCAAAUCAAAUGCAGUUCCAAUCCAGCUCGAAUCCUGCUCAAAUCCAGCGCCUAA